UCAACACAUUUUUCUCCACAACUACACACCUCUCACAUUUCUUCAUACUUUUUUUUGUUACAAAAUCAAAACAAUGAAAGAUCAAUUUCAUGAAUUAACCUUUAAGGAAUUUCUUGAAGAGAUAACAAGGCAAGAACAAAGUUUUUUUCAGAAAAAAGCAGCUGAGAAUAAUGAGAAAUCUUACGUUACUGAAAUGUUUGGUGAGCUUUAUUUUAAAGAAAAUAAUGCUGAGUCAUCCAUAAAACACAUUUUUCCUCCAAUGCCAAAAAAAUAUACCAAUGAAAAUAAUGCUAAUAAAGCAUCCAUUUCUGAAGAAUUUGAGAAAAUUAAUAUCAAUGAGAAGCUCCCACAUGGUGAUGACAUUGUUCUCAAUGUGAAUGAGAUGCAAAAAGGAAAAGGAACAAAAGAAUCAAAUGCUUAGAAGGAAGAUUGGUAACUAAUGUUGCUGCUUAGAAUAAAAUGGAGCUGUAAAAUAAAUGAAGUCAAAAUAUAUUCUAGAAGUAAUGGAAUUAACGUGAUGCAUGUUU